AUGAAAGAGAUGAGCCGGACUUCGUGGAUGAUGAAAGAGAUGAGCCGGACUUCGUGGAUGAUGAAAGAGAUGAGCCGGACUUCGGGGAUGAUGAAAGAGAUGAGCCGGACUUCGUGGAUGAUGAAAGAGAUGAGCCGGACUUCGUGGAUGAUGAAAGAGAUGAGCCGGACUUCGGGGAUGAUGAAAGAGAUGAGCCGGACUUCGGGGAUAAUGAAAGAGAUGAGCCGGACUUCGGGGAUGAUGAAAGAGAUGAGCCG